GAUUUCCCGUUCCCACUCUGCCCUGCACUGCUCUGCCCUGCACCGCCCUGCCCUGCAUCGCCCUGCCCUACACCGCUGCUGCCCGAAACUCAGGGAGUGAAUGGCGGGUGUAGCGGCAGUAAGCGGAACACCUGCGGGGCCAGGUCCCGCCGAGUCCGAGUCCGAGGACGCCUGCAGCUGCCGCUGCCCGGAGCACAGCGACCGCCCGGCGGAGCUCUUCUGUCGCCGCUGCCGGUGCUGCGUGUGCGCGCUUUGCCCGGUGCUGGGUGCGCACCGGGGCCACCCUGUGGGCCUGGCUUCAGAAGAGGCGGUGCACGUGCAGAAAGUCAUCCAGGAAUGUUUAAAGCAGCUGGCAGCCAAGCAGCAGCAGCAAGUCGACAACAGGAGCCAGAUAGAAGAUGCUGCCGAGCAGCUCAAGGCUCAUGCCGAGUCCAGCAAAACCUGGCUGACGGGGAAAUUCACCGAACUCAGAUUACUACUUGAAGAAGAGGAAGCGCUGGCUAAGAAAUUCAUUGAUAAAAAUGCCCAGCUUGCCCUCCGGGCGUACAGGGAGCAAAUCAAGUCUUGCGAGGACCGAAUCGAUGUCUUGAACAGUCUCUCUCACAGGGUCUGGAGCAUCAGCCAGGAGACCAGUCCUGUACAGCUGCUACAGGAGUUCACGGCCACUGAACCGGAGAUGAAGCAGCACAUGACCUUGGAGGAGCAGCGACACCCUGUGCCCCAAUCCUUUGAGCCCGUCAAGACCUUCUUCAAGGGUCUCAUGGAAGCCAUGCAGAGCAUGAGGCAGACGCCACUAGAGGCUCGGUUGAAGGAAAACAUGAGCAGCCACCUCUCCAGCUUCUCCAGCACCAAGGCGGAUCCCUUGUUGAAAAUCCAUCCCUCACCAGAGCGCACGCUCUUCUUAAAAUUUGCGCGCACGCCCACGCUGGAGCCCGACACGAUGCACGGGCGCCUGCGCCUCUCAGAGGACCUACUGUCGGUGAGAAGCGCCCUCUUCUGUCGCCGGGGCUCUGCGUCCUCGCUGCGUUUUGAUGAGCUGUGGCAGGUGCUGGGCCGCGACUGCUUUGCAGCGGGCCGCCACUAUUGGGAAGUGGACGUGCAGGAGGCAGGCUGUGGCUGGUGGGUGGGCGCGGCCUACGCCUCCCUGCGACGCCGCGGGGCCUCCGCUGCGGCCCGCCUGGGCUGCAACCGCCAGUCCUGGUGCCUUAAGCGCUACGACCUGGAGUAUUGGGCCUUCCACGACAGCCAUCGCAGCCGUCUGCGGCCCCACCACGACCCCGAUCGGCUGGGCAUCUUCCUAGAUUACGAAGCCGGCAUCCUCGCCUUCUACGACGUGUCAGGCGGCAUGCGCCACCUCCACACCUUCCGCGCCUCUUUCCAGGAGCCGCUCUACCCUGCCCUGAGGCUCUGGGAAGGGACCUUGAGCAUCGCCAGGCUGCCCUAGGGGCUGCGAUUGUAGUGAUCGCCUUAGGCUUUCCAGGACUCUGGUCACACCGACCGAAUCGUGGGUGGUUCGCUGCCUACUCUAUAAGCACACCUAUUGUCUCCCCGACCAGCCAUGCCAUGUGCUUUAACAGUUCUCUCUUAGGUUUCGAAUAUGCCUUAAACUCAGGUCCUCUGCUGCUGCUCUCUCAGACCUCCCCGCCACUGCCACUGCACUUAACGCUACACUGCUUUUAGUCCAGGUUCCUGAAAGGACACACUUGCAGGUGAGCCCUAAGCAUUCUGACACAAUACAUCAUCCUUAGCCUCAAACUUCUCUCAUACAGAAGCCAGAAACACCUGGCACAUAGUAGGUGCACAAUAAAUACGUGUAUAAAUGA